AUGAGUGUCGGAUACAAGAGGUGGCCAUCUGCUGGGGAACGAAGUGCUGCAGUUCUCAACAUCGCACGUCGCCCACAGACGCUCGUGAUCCUCCUUGUGUCAUUCAUCCUCGUCCUUGUCACUCUUGGAACUGUCUACCUGACCGAUAUUGAGAUCCUCUCGCCAUCCACGUGGACCCUGAACUCGCAGCCAGACCCUACUAGGCUUCGCCCCCCAAUACAACUUGAGGACGGCUACGGAAAAAUUUACGAUGACCUGCCCGGGUUUGACAUAGAAACGCCAGUCAAGGUCAUCGGCUUGGUUUUCUUCGGCCGCCGCGAGCUCGUGGAAGUGCUCGACUGCUAUCUUCAGCGCAACCUGAAGGCCAACGGCGGUCUGCUGGACGAGAUCAUUUUCGUCGUACACACCGACAUCCAGGAAGACCUAGACUAUCUCGAGACACUGGUGCCCAGGCGGCCAGAGUAUAGCAAGUACGAGGUCCAGGGCACAUACAGAUGGCUGGCGGGCAGCUGGGAGCCAGUGACCGAUCCCGAUGCAAUCUAUGUCAAGAUAGACGACGACGUCGUGUACUUCAGCGAUAAUGCCAUCUCCAGCGUUGUCAAAAGACUCACGGACAACCCUCACUUCUUCGCCGUGUCUGCAAAUGUGGUCAACAACCCGGCGUUGAGCUGGGUCCAUUCGCAUAUGGGCGUCUACUACCCUUACUGGCCGGAAAUGAAAAAGCCUAGAAAGAGUCCUCCCGCCUCCUCCUGGCGCGCCUCAGAGCUGCCUCCUUACAAAGGUCCUGAGUCUGGCCCCAAGGACUUCGCCAUCGACGGGUCAACACCGGCUCCCUACAAGAACCACCGCUGGCUGCCCGUCCCACUCCUACAGGGCGAGUCUACCUACGACAUCUCCGCCUACCCGGUGUCGACGGCAACCUACGACGCGCACGGCCCCUCGCUGGGCAACUGGGCGCUGGCGGCGCAGGUCCACUACUCGUUCCUGCAACACCUCGAGCAGAAUGACACACAUCGCUAUAAAUUCGACAUGUGGGACUAUGCUUACGACCGCCUCUCUAUCAACUUUAUCGCUAUUCGGGGUCGCGAUGUCAUGGAUUGCUUCCCGUUUCCCCAGCACGACGACGAGGACUACCUCACCGUCAAGCGGCCCAAGGAGCUAAACCGAAGAGUCGUCAUGGACGGUACUGGAAUCGCUGUCCACUAUGCGUUUGGUCCGCAAUACAAGGCGCAUGAUCGCCAUGGGCUGGCAGAUACAGAUCUGUUGCUACGGUAUAAGGCGUAUGCGCAGGAGAUGGUUUGCGACAAACCUAGAGAGGGGUUCGUGACUGCGCCGGAGGAAGAAUAA